AUGAAAGCGAUGAAAAGUAUGAAAAGUAGAAUACAACAUUUCAACAAUGAACUGAUAACAGCCAUAUGCACACUCGUCGGUUCCAAACACGCAUUCUCAACACCAUAUCAUCCUCAAACCAAUGGUCAAACCGAAAGAUUCAAUGCCACGUUUGCAACACAAUUAUUCAAGUACUGCAAUGAAGAGAAAAGCAAUUGGGAUAUUUAUCCACCAUCAAUCGUUUUUGCAUACAACAACACUCAACGUCGUACAACUGGGUUCACACCCUACCAGCUCGCGUUUGGUCGUUUACCUCGUAAUCCAUUUGAUUCACCAUGUCCGGAUUUUAAAUUCCGACGACCCAACGAUUAUUGGCUACAAGUUCAACGUUUCAGAACAUAUGCCACUCAAAUGGCUCGCAGAAAUAUUCAACAACAACUAUCAAAACAACGCUAUGAUCAAAAUCGAAAUAGUCCGUCUUAUAACAUCGGUGAUUUAGUUUGA